AUGGCUGGGUUUCCUUUCUACCAACUAGACCGUUUCCUUAAAAUUUUAGUUCAGGACCUACAGAAGUAUGUCGCGAUCAGUGAAGAAUUUGCAAACAAUCUUGCAGGCAAGGCCAGGUCAAAUGGCCUGAUGUUCAACCGCAAGGUAGCCAGAAUUGUAACUCCAGGAACCCUUAUCGACGAAAAAUUCAUGGAUCAUUAUGAGCACAAUUUUCUCCUUGCCUUAUAUAUCAAUACCGGCGACCAAGAAGCAAAAUCAGUUGAUACGACGAUGCUCUCAUCGGAUGAACUAUCCAGCUCAAGUGAUCAAUCUGUCGGCUUGUCAUGGUUAGAUCUAUCUACGGGAGACUUCUUCACUCAGCAUACGACUCGCUCAAUGUUACCAUCAGCGCUCGUAAGAAUCGGCGCCAAGGAGGUCAUGCUUGACGAAGGACUCGGGCAUUCUCUCAGGCGAGAAAUACAGAACUUAGUUGGCCAAGGUCAUCGUCUGACAUACUUCCCUCGCCCACAUUCUAUCAGACCUUUGUCGGCGUGGAGCGACAGCUUCGAAUCCCCGAUUUCACUAGAUCUAGCUGCAACAUUUUCUACGGAAGAGACUGCCGCUUGUCAUGUGUUGUUGGAAUACGUUCAAACUCAGAUGCAAGGGAUGGACGUGAAACUCCAGGCACCUCGUCGCAAGCACCUGGAGGAUACCAUGAUCAUCGAUCGAAAUAGUCUCAAGGGACUUGAAAUUUUAGAAACCGCUCGGGACGGCUUAGGAAAAGGAAGCCUUUUGCAUGCUGUUCGACGAACCUCGACCAAAAGUGGCGCGCGUCUUCUCCGGGAUAGAUUAACUUCACCUUCAGCAUCUUUGUCAGUCAUUGAUCAACGCUUGGAUCUUGUGUCCGGAUUCGUCGAAGACCCUGAUUUGCAAGAAAACAUAACUCUGCUACUGAAACGAAGUUACGACUCCCAGAGACUAGUCCAGAAAUUUUCUUUGGGGCGAGGAGACGCAGAUGAUCUUCUUUGUUUAUCUCGGGCCAUCGAUGCAUCGAGUCGAAUAAAAUCCGUUCUCUCAGAGCAGGUAGGCGACGACCGAGGAGAAAAAGCGCCGGAUUCGAUAUCCCAUCGGUGUGAAACUCUACGUUCAAUGGUGUGUCGGCUUAAUAUGGAUGGCCCUGAAGAGCUCUCAACGCGUAUUUUGCAGACAAUCGAUGAGGAGGCGUUAUUGCGAAAACAACGGAUCGAAGAGCAAGAUGCUGCAGACGCGGCAGCACUGGCCCAUGAAGUUAUUGCAACUGAAGGGUCGUUAGAAGACUUUGAUUCCCUGCCCAAGCGGGUCAGAUCACAGAAAACGGAUAGAUCCAGAGAUUCGAAGGAAUCGGAAACCGAUGAAUCAAAUACUUGGAUCAUGCGGCGUCACGCAAGUUUCACGUUGCAACAACUACACAAAUCUCUAGAAUCAUUAUACCAGGAGAAGACAUCCUUAACAGAAAAGCUGCGAAGUGAUGCAAAGACGACGAAUCUGAGCCUAAAGUGGACUCCCGGAUUGGGUCACAUUGUGCAUAUAAAAGGGUCGAAAGCCAUGUCGCAAUGUCUGGAUGCCCUUGGAGUUACCCGCACAGUUGCAUCCUCAAAAUCAACUCGCUCGUUUCACUUACCAUCUUGGACAAACCUUGGCGCUCGAAUUGACGAAAUGAAACUUCAAAUUCGCUCUGAAGAGCAGCUUAUCUUCAAGAGUUUGAGGCAAGCAGUCAUUCGAAACCUGGUGAAGCUUCGCCGGAAUUCUGCAGUCUUAGACGAGCUCGACGUGGCAUGCUCGUUUGCUUUCUUGGCCCGAGAACAAGGCAUGGUACGGCCAAUUUUAAACAUGGGAUUUUCUCAUAAGAUUGUUGGUGGAAGACAUCCAACUGUCAAACUUGGAUUGGAAGAAAAAGGGCGGCCGUUCAUAAAUAAUGAUUGUUUCAUCGGCGGCCAGGAGAGGAUUUGGCUCAUCACCGGUCCAAACAUGGCGGGGAAAAGCACAUUUUUACGACAGAAUGCGUUAAUAACCAUACUCGCCCAAGUAGGCUCCUUUGUCCCUGCUGAGUACGCGGAGCUUGGAAUAGUGGAUCAAAUAUUCAGUCGCAUAGGUGCUGCUGACGACCUCUUUCGGGACCAAUCGACAUUCAUGGUUGAGAUGUUGGAAACUGCCGCGAUCUUAAAACAUGCUUCGCAACGGUCGUUCGUGAUAAUGGAUGAAGUUGGUCGAGGAACAGCACCUGAAGACGGAAUUGCGAUCGGGUUUGCAUGCUUACAGCACUUACAUGAUGUUAGCAGAUGCCGCACACUAUUUGCCACCCAUUUCCAUUCACUAGCGGAUAUGACAUCCGAUUUUGGGAAUUUGGGUCGCUAUUGCACGGGUAUUAUCGAGGAAUCCAAUGGAUCGUUCUCCUUUAUCCAUAAAUUGGAACCAGGAGUGAAUCGGAAAUCUCAUGCUCUCAAGGUUGCGCGUAUUGCCGGUGUGCCGCAAAGUGUUAUAGAGGUAGCGAGGACCGUCUUACACGACAUGUCACCGAUAUUGUCGCAGCCGCGGAUGGAAGAAAGCCAAACAAGCGCAACCGUCUUGGCCAGACAAUGA